AUCUCUCCUUCCUUCUCCUCCCCCUGCCCCCCCUCUUCCUCUCCCUCCCUCCCGUCUCCACUUUCCCUUCGGCGGUGGGCCCGCGGCUCAGGCACCAUGCUCCGGCUCCUGCGGUUGUUGCUUUUGCUGCUGCUGCCUCCCCCGGGGUCCCCCGAGCCUCCCGAGCCCCCGGGCCUGGCUCAGUUGUCACCCGGGUCGCCUCCCCAGGCCCCCGACUUGCUCUACGCGGACGGGCUGCGAGCCUACUCGGCCGGGGCUUGGGCGCCCGCAGUGGCACUGCUGCGAGAGGCGCUGCGGAGCCGGGCGGCGCUGGGCCGCGCGCGCCAGGACUGCGGGGCGAGCUGCGCCGCCGAGCCGGGCGCCGCGCUCCCCGCUCAGCUCCUCGGAGCCCCGCAGCCUGUCUCCGGGCCCGGGAGCUGGGAACCGCUGCUCCUGCGCGCCACGCUCCGCCGCGCCGAGUGCCUGACCCAGUGUGCGGCGCGGAGGCUGGGGCCGGGGGGCGCUGCGCGGCUCCGCGUGGGGAGCGCGCUGCGGGAUGCCUUCCGCCGGCGGGAGCCUUACAACUACCUGCAGAGGGCCUACUACCAGUUGAAGAAGCUGGACCUGGCGGCUUCUGCAGCACACACCUUCUUUGUGGCAAACCCAACACACCUGCAGAUGCGGGAAGACAUGGCUAAGUACAGAAGGAUGUCGGCAAUCCGACCCCAGAGCUUCCGGGACCUGGUGACGCCCCUAUACUGGGCAGCCUAUGACAGUGGCCUGGAGCUGCUGGAGCAACAGGAGGCAGCACUGGCUCUACCCAAACUGGAGGAGGCCUUGCAGGGGAGCCUGGCCCAAAUGGAGAGCUGCCGUGCUGCCUGUGAGGGACCUGAGGAGCACCAAGGGACUGAAGAGGAGGGAGAAGGGAGCCAGGGGGGCCUGUAUGAAGCCAUUGCAGGACACUGGAUUCGGGUUCUGCAGUGCCGGCAGCACUGUGUGGCAGACACAGCCACCCGUCCUGGUCGCAGCUUCCCCGUCCAGGACUUCCUCCCCAGCCAGCUGAGACGGCUGCACGAGGCAUAUGCUCAGGUGGGGAAUGUAUCUCAGGCCAUGGAAAAUGUCCUGAGUGUCCUGCUCUUCUACCCAGAGGAUGAGGCUGCCAAAAAGGCUCUGAACCAGUACCAAACUCAGUUGGGAGAGCCACGACCUGGCCUGGGACCACGAGAGGACAUCCAGCGGUUCAUCCUUCGCUCCCUCGGGGAGAAGAGACAGCUAUAUUACGCCAUGGAGCAUCUGGGCGCUAGCUUCAAGGACCCGGAUUCUUGGACCCCAGAGGCUCUCAUCCCUAAGGCACUGAGAGAGAAGCUCAGAGAGGAUCAAGAGAAGAAGCCCUGGGACCAUGAGCCUCCACAGCAGAAGCCCUUGACUUACUGGAAGGAUGCCCUUCUGAUGGAGGGUGUGACCCUCACCCAGGAUGCCCAGCAGCUGAACGGGUCGGAGCGAGCCGUGUUAGAUGGGCUGCUAACUCCGGCCGAGUGCGGGGUUCUGCUGCAGCUGGCCAAGGAUGCAGCAGAGGCUGGAGCCAGGUCAGGCUACCGUGGCCGUCGCUCUCCUCAUAGUCCUCAUGAACGCUUUGAGGGGCUCACAGUGCUCAAGGCUGCUCAGCUGGCCCGGGCAGGGACUGUGGGCAAGCCAGGCGCUAAGCUGCUUCUGGAGGUGAGUGAGCGAGUGCGGACCUUAACCCAGGCCUACUUCUCCCCUGAACGGCCACUGCAUCUUUCCUUCACCCACCUGGUGUGCCGAAGUGCCAUAGAAGGUGAACAAGAGCAGCGUAUGGACCUGAGUCACCCAGUACACGCAGACAACUGUGUCCUGGACCCUGACACUGGUGAAUGUUGGCGGGAGCCCCCAGCCUACACCUAUCGAGACUAUAGUGGACUCCUCUACCUCAAUGAUGACUUCAAGGGAGGUGACCUGUUCUUCACGCAGCCCAACGCCCUCACUGUCACGGCUCAGGUCCGUCCUCGGUGUGGACGCCUCGUGGCCUUCAGCUCUGGUGGUGAGAAUCCCCAUGGUGUGUGGGCUGUGACUCGGGGACGGCGCUGUGCCCUAGCACUGUGGCACACAUGGGCACCUGAGCACAAGGAGCAGGAGUGGACAGAAGCCAAAGAGCUGCUGCAGGAGGAAGAGGAGGAAGAGGAGGAGGAAGAAGAAAUUCUCAGCAGAGACCCUUCCCCAGAACCCCCAAGUCACAAGCUUCAGCGAGUCCAAGAGAAAGCUGGGAAGCCCCGUCGGGUCCGGGUCCGAGAGGAACUGUGAAUGGCUGAGCCAGCUUCUCAGGAUAGGGCCACUCAACUUGGGCCUUCCCAGUGAGAAGGCCCUGGAGGACAUCAGGAACGUAGAAGCAUGCCAAGUCUUAUCAUUUCGGGGACCUACAAGGGCCACCAAACCCUGGACUCACAAGCUUGCUACACAGACUCAGCCUAGAGCAACAUCAGGCCUGGGAGCCAGGUCUGGCCCCAGCUGAGGGACCUGCAAGGCCCCCAGUACAGA